AUGGAUGUGUGUUUUCCAGUCAUCUCUGAUGCCAAGGAUGCGAUCACUAGUCCUGAAGCAGUGAGUGGCGUGGAGCGGGGUUCACUGACUGUGCAGUGUCACUAUGACGGGCAAUGGGAGACCCAUAGGAAGUGGUGGUGUCGAGGAGCUAUUUGGAAAAGCUGCAAGACCCUUGUUAAAACCACUGGAUCAGAGCAGAUGGUGAAGAUGGACCGUGUGUCCAUCAGGGAUGAUCAGAAAAGCCACACGUUCACCGUGACCAUGGAGGAUCUGAGGAGAGACGACGCUGACACUUACUGGUGUGUAAUUGAGAGAACUGGAAUUGACCUUGGAGUCGCAGUUAAAGUGACCAUUGACCCAGGUAAUUGUGUGUAUGUGUGGAUGUGUCCCUCAGGGCCUGCUCUGUCCUGGGUCCUGAGGUCACACUCAAGUGACUUAAUUGUCACUCAGAGUGACCUGUCACAGAGGGUGGUGGAGUCCCUCCUCAGCAGCGUCCACUUCCUGCUCCUGGUCUUCCUGGAGGUGCCCCUGCUCCUGGGCAUGGUUGCUGCUGUCCUUUGGGUGAACAGGCCUUAG